AUACCAGUGUAGUUGAUGUCUGAUAUGACAUUCGUUAAAAGUUUUUAAAGUAUCGUUAUUAUAAAAAUAAAGUUAUUAUAAAAAUAUAUGUGGUACCGAUAUAUAAUAUUACUAGCAAAGUUAUUUCGGUAGCCAUUACAAUAUCGCGAUUUCUAAUAUCUUCUGUGCAUUUUAUAAAUAAUUUGUAUAAUAAUUUAGUGACGUACUUAAUUACAUUUAAUCAAACCUAAAGUGUACAAUCGAUUUUGUCGACCCCUACUUUGCCGCACAACACUCGCGAAUGGAAACUCUUUCGGUGCAGUGGUGUGACCCGUUCGUCUUUCUUGAUGCCUGUACUCUGUACUAUAAGUGUUGUAAUUAAACGCGAAAUAAGUUUGUCAAUCAUCGAUUAAUAUUUCUCAAUUUACUUGUGACGUAAACUGCAGACAUCGCUUUCAUCAUGCACGACACGAUAUCAAAAAGUUCUCACGAUGACGCAGUUAAGGGCAAAGAAGAAGUUAAUACGAAAAGUGAACGACACAAGAGAGAUAUCUUAUGGAUUUCGGUCAUCUACUUAGCGACGCUGCACGUCAUUGGACUUUACGGUUUAAUCACGUUCAAUUAUUUUCAAAAUCUGAAGACGACUUUGUGGCUACUGUUCAUGUAUGAACUGGGGAGUAUCGGUAUGACUGCUGGUGUUCACAGAUUAUGGUCUCAUCGAUCGUACAGCGCAAAUUUACCGCUCAGACUCAUCCUUUUCAUCGGUUACUGUUCAUGCGGAGGGGUAAUAAUCAAACGAGCUUGUUUAUUAUGCAAACUGAAAUGCAGUUCAUUACCAAAGUCUAUAAUAAACAAUAAAAGCAAAAAUUAUAUAUUGACUCGUAUUUAGAAAUAAAUUAAAAUAUAUUAUUAUUUAUAAGAUUAAUUACUUUCUAAUGUUGCAUUUCUUUAU